AUGGCCGCCAUUAAUCGGUCCGUCUCACGGUAUGAGACCACCGCCGUAUACACUCACCCUGACGCCAAGGUCGACAUAGUCCUCGUGCACGGCUUGAAUGGCUGCCCCGACAAAACGUGGACAUCCAAGGACGGAGUCUUCUGGCCCGUGGACCUCCUGCCAGCGUCGCUCAAGGGCUUGCAAGCCAACAUCCUCGUGUACGGGUACAACGCAGACGUAUAUUCUCGGCGCAACGACCGCAGCGCGAGCGACAACUUCAUUCAUCAGCACGCCCAGACACUCGUCACGAGUCUGACAUUGUUCCGCAAGAGUGAGGGCACCUUUAGAAACCCCAUCAUCUGGGUGUGCCACAGCCUGGGUGGCAUCCUAGUGAAGCGCGCUCUGCUCUACUCGAAUGACGUUCGAAGCUCCCACCAUGAGGAUUAUCGGUCCAUCUACGUCUCGACCUUUGGCCUCAUGUUUCUUGGUACGCCUCACACUGGAUCCGACAUGGCGACAUGGGGUCUCGUGCUGCAGGGCAUGUCCGACGCCAUCAUGCCCAAGAAAUUCUUUGAGUCCGAAUCGGUGCUGCUGAAAACUCUCAAGAAGGACAACGAGACACUGUCCAACAUCAACAACCAUUUCUUGGACAUUUAUCAGCGCUUUAGGAUCCACAUGGCGCACGAGAACCAUAAGACGGACAUCAAGGGCACCAAGAUGCUCGUCGUCGAUGCCAACUCGGCCAGUCCACAGCUCCCCGGCGUCACGUACUACGGCGUCGAGGCGACGCACGCGCAGAUGUGCAAGUUCUCGGGCCCCAACGCCCCCGGCUACCGCGCGCUGUCGACAGACAUCCGACAAUGGGUCAUGGACGCGCCGGCGCUCAUCGACGUGCGGUGGCAGGUGGAGGAGCAGGAGCGCGCGACGCGCAUGAGGCACGAGAUCCACGAGAGAAUGUCCCCAUUUAUGUCGCCAUGUCCAUCGCCCGCGCCGUACGCGGCCGUUGCCGCGCCACGCAGGGCGUGCGCGAACCUGUCGGCCCUGCCCGUCACGCCCCCUCCUUCGACGACGCUGGCGGUCGGGCGCCGAGGGGCGACGGCCAUGCCGAGGGCGCUCCUUCCAACGAAUUACGACGAGCAAGCGAUGUGGCGUGCGGACGCAGCCGCUGCGCAGAGCGAGAUGAAAACUUUUUAUGAGCUUACUAGAUGA